AUGUCCUCACUAACAUCCUUGAAUCUUCAAAAUAGCAAAAUUGAAGUCAUUAUUCCUCCUGCUAUUAGAAAUAUGUCUUUGUUGGCCAACUUGAAUCUUGGGAGAAACAAUAUUGAAGGCAUUCUUCCUCCCGCAAUUGAAAAUAGGGCCUCAUUGACCCACUUGAAUCUUGAGAGAAACAAUGUUGAAGGCAUUAUUCCUCCUGCUAUUGGAAAUAUAUCCUCAUUGACCUACUUGGAUCUUUCUUAUAACUCAUUGGGAGGGAACAUUCCAUGGAGCUCUUUAGGUGGACUAUUAAAGCUGCCAAUUCUUUGCCUGGACUCAAACCAAUUAAAUGGGAGCUUGUCAUAUAAUUUUGAUAAUCUCUCCUCCUUGGAAGUCCUUUUUAUCAGUGAUAACUAUUUGAAUGGCACUUUCUUACUCUCUCAAUUGGAAGGUUUCACAAAGAUAAGUGAAUUGCAACUUCUCGAUAAUUUCUUGACAAUAGAAAUGAAUUCUAAUUGGAUCCCUAAAUUUCAGCUUUGGGAUUUGUAUUUGAGUUCUUGUAAUAUGCAUGUUGAUUUCCAUGUUUUCAUAUCCACUCAAUACAACAUAAGGGAAAUAGACCUAUCCAACAAUUCUUUGAGUGGAAAUAUUCUAGAAUGGUUGUGGGACCUUGCAUUCUUGGAGAGCCUCAAUCUCUCGUACCAUCAAUUCAGAGGAUCAUUAUCGUCUAAGUUCAGUGCAUUUGAUGCUCAGUAUGUAGACUUACAUAGAAAUAACUUACAAGGAAAUAUUUGUAUGCCACAUCCUAAUGUGCAAUUUCUUGACAUGUCAGAAAAUCAAUUGAAGGGAAUCAGUCAAAAAAGCAUGAAGAAAUAUGGCCCUAGUCAACUUAUAUAUUUUUCGCUUGCAAAUAAUAGCAUUGAUGGUGUGUCUCCACAUUCUAUUUGUGAAGGCCCUAAUUUGGAGGUUCUAGAUGUGUCAGAGAACAACUUAAUAGGUAAUUUAUUUGCAAGUUUUGGUUAUUGUUCAUCAACAUUGAAAGUGUUGAAUCUUGAAAACAAUCAUUUGGAACGUAAGAUCAAGAGUAUUAUUUGUCUUCAAACAUUAAAAUUGGGAGGUAAUAGACUACAAGGGCCAAUUCCAACAUCCCUUCAAAAGUGUACCUCUUUGGAGAUUCUAGAUUUGGCAUAUAAUAACAUUCAAGGGAAAACCCCAAGUUGGUUGGAUAAGUUGACCAAUCUUCAUAUUUUAGUACUGGGAUCAAAUAAACUCAAGGGUGAAAUGCCAUUACAACUAGCAAAACUGCAACAUCUUCAUGUCUUGAUAUUGUCAAAUAAUCAUUUUUCUGGAGCUAUUCCAAGUAGCUUGAGUAACUUGAAAGCGAUGAAAAAUCAAACAAAAAUCUCAAAUGUCCUUCAAUAUUCAAAUUCUAGUUCAAUGCCUUAUGUAUAUAAAAUGGAAAUAGUCAACAAAGGCCAAUUCCUAGAGUAUGCAAAAUCUUUGGCAAUGGUUCGAUGUCUUGAUCUCUCUGGCAACAACUUCUCAGGUGAUAUUCCUCAAGGCAUUGGGUUCCUAAUUGGUCCAAAAUCUCUCAAUUUAUCAAGAAAUCAUCUUAGUGGCAAAAUUCCUACUUAUUUUAUAAAUCUUGUGAAAUUGGAGUCACUUGAUAUUUCAAUGAACAAUAUUAUUGGGAAUAUUCUGGGAGAACUACAACUCAAAUAUUUGUGUUAG